UUCUAGGAGAUCGCUGAGCAGAUACUCUAGUUUUUCAAGAAAACUCAGUCUGGCUCUGCUUGAUUUCUACAAACAUGUACAAGUGUACGUUGAUAGGCACUGCCAAACUGAUUUUGUACGUUAUCGUAAAUAUUUGUUGAAUUUGUUUGAAGUAAAGUUCGGCAUUCCAAGAGAGCAGUGGAAACCGGAUAGAAACAUAGACUCGAUGCAGAGUAAGCAACGUAUGCACGGAGACGGAAACACGAUAGCUUUUGUUUGUCAGAGUUACAAAACGGUCGCUAUGGAAGUACACUCUUCUUACGACGAUACGUUUCCUCGAUUCAAAGCGGAAGCUUUACGAAAUGCCUUGUGUGAAACACUAGCUACGUUUCCCGACUCGGUGAAAGUCUGUAAUGCUUUCGAAAGAUCCAGAAAGUGGAUGUUCUUUUCAUUGCCUCUUGAGGAUGUUUUCCGUUUGCUAACCGGUGUCGUCGACGUCGUGCAGUCAAAGGCAUUUGACGAAAACCUGUCGCUUUUCCUUCCAAAAGCAACCGACGUGCGCAUGCACGUUGGCGGGCUGCCAUCCUUGUCACUGCGUCCUAUCCGUCGUAUAGAUGGUGACUGGUCUAAUACCGGGGCAGCCAUCGCCAUUCCCGGAUAUGAAAGCCACGUUCUCGUGUGCCGAUCAUCGGGUGCGUAUCUCGUCAACGUAGAAUCUAACAAAGUGAAGGAAGCGGUGGGAGACAAUUUGGAUGUUCUAAAGGAUUGUACAGCUCUGGUCAGUGUUGGAGACAAGAUGUACGCAUUUGGAUGUAGAUUAAACGAAGUGACAUACAAACCUCUCGAUUCUGCAUUCCAAUGCGUCCAACUAGGACAUGAAGAUUGGAAUGGCACACUCGCCACCUGUCGAUACGAAAACGCUAUUCUUGCUGUUCAAGCAAGAAAAUCCUCCGGAUUAACACGCACAAAUUUGUAUUACGUCGAUGUCAAUACGGGUGCAUCCCAAGUCCUAUCGAAGCCUCAUCAACCUUGGCUUGUAGCCGGUGCUCUUGUUAAUGUAGCAGAUAAUGAAGGCAAAGAGAAUGUAAUUGCUAUCUGCGGUUCCUUGUGGCAGUUGAAUAUCGAGUUGCGAGCAGGAGGUUUCACACACGUGCACAGUAGAAGACUCGACCAAGCCGGUCAGGGCAAUCCACUCAUAGAAGGUUGGCACUGUCUGUCAGAGUAUCUCUAUGGACGUGGAUGGCAAUUUACACAGUCAGCAGCUGUACACAACAAGGAGCUCUAUGUUGCAACUGGCAAGUAUUAUCUCUCCGGUAAGAUUCUCGGCGGUCUUUUCCGAGUUGAUCUUUUCAAUCAAGGUGCAUACUCGGCGGUUUACGAAGGCUGACACACUAUUCAGACGGUUGUGGAUGUAAACAAAUAUAAUCUAGUGGUAUUCACCACUAGUAAACUC